UGAUUAUGAAAUACUUUUGUCUCUAGGUAAAAAUCUGAAAGUUUUUCGAAGGAGUGGGGGAAGAAAAAAAAAAAAUCCCCAGAUACUGCAGGAGCAUAAAUCUGUGCUGGAAAGCUUGGAGUGAGCCUCCUCAACCACUGUUUUUAGAUUUGCAGUCUCCAGCUCUUCAGAAGAGAAAAAAUUCUUUGUAUGUAUGAUUCAGCUCAGUAACAUGACAAAUGUUGGCCUAAACGACAAGCUCAUCAGUGUAGUAACAACAUUGUAUUUGAAAAUACGAUCUUACAUUUGCCUUAAUUUUGUUCUAAGUUUGUUUUUCUACAGCUGUUGUUGGCUAACUGCUAAAACUGCCACUCCUUGCAUUUGUAACUCAAACCUACUUCGUUACUAGGUUGAAAAAUUGUGUUUUGUUUCCCAGUAGUAUGUUCUUUUACUUAUUCCUCAAGCAUUAAUUUGUUACACUAGCCAAUGCAUGUUAGUGGUUAGAAAUACACAGCAUGAAGCUUGUCUGGGGGCUUUUUCCUCCCUUUAAGUAUUAUUUUUAUAACAUUCUAAGCUAAAAUUGGUUUUGUGAUAGUAGCUUAGCUGUAUGUAUUCUGCAUACUAAGGGUAGCUAAAACGCAUUUAAAGAUAAGAGUUGAAAUCUCCUGGAGGACUCUUCAGGAGUCCAAGCCUAUUUUUCAGAAUGGGGUGACAAGUCACUCUUGGCAGCCUUAUCCAAAGUCUCACGCUGGAAGAAUAGAAUAAGGGAUGCCAAUAUAUUCCCUGCUAAACUAAUACACCAGAUCACUUGACUGCAGCAGACAGCAUGCAACGCGCUAGAGCUGUAUUUGGAAUACCUCUACCUUGCAGAACUUAUAUAUGCAAAGGGCUGGUAGUGUUACUGAGGUCAUCACUAUGUUCUGUAUUCUGUACUCUUAAUUCAAACCGGAUUUUCCUAGCUAGUGGAUUUUUAGUCCUUGCCAGUCAAGUACAAGCUGCUUAAAUUCUAAAAACUGUAUGUACAUUUCUUGGAGCAUGGUAAAUUUGACUGUUGAGUAAUUUAGUUGAAUUCCAGUAUACUUUUUAAGGAAAGGUAUUAUCUAGAUUUGUACGUUUUACAGCUAGUAUGGGGCCAGUUGUUGUUUCCUCUCACCCCUAUUCCACCCAGUUUUACGUGCUUAAUUUAAGGUGAUGGGUCAUUUCACUGAAGCCAGCAAAACUGCUAAUAUUCCACAGUCAGACUAAAGUUAAGUGUUUGUGGGUUUGGGGUUUUUUUGGUUUGUUUUAGAGUUGAACAGCUUCUAGUGCAUGGAACUAAAUACUAAAGUGUCUGCAAAACUGGGGCUCUUGUGCUAAUUCUAGCACAUGUAUUAAUGCAAAAUAGAGGUGUUGGCUUUAUUGCAAAUCAAGAUCCUUCUUUUAGAGCAAGAAUAAUUUGUUUCUGGAUGACUUUAAAUGUUUUAUGAAAUCCAGUGUGGCACACUAUAUACCCACUGGAAGGUGUUAUAAGCAUUUAUCUAUUUUUGCUAGAAAGAAUACUAAUGUUUGUUAUUAGUCACCACUGUAUGUGGGAAAACUAACACUACAACCAGUCUUUAAAAACAAACAAACAAAAAGCAUUGCAUAAUUUGUUGUGUAUGUAUUAAGAAUUAACCCUUUUUAUAGUUUUGCAGGGUUUAAAGGGCUAGCUCGUAGUCAACUUAGACUGUAAGUUUUCAGUAUAACUGAACAAUGGGAAAGCUGAUUAGAUAAGCCAGAAUUGUACUUCUGUCUUUGCUUUUAAGCUCUUUUUUUUUGGCCAGCGAUAAUGUCUCACAAAGCGGGGAGGGGGAUGGUGGGACACACAGGGAGAGAUUAAGUUGGUGAAGUCACCCUGAGAAACCCACAACUGAGCUAAUCUCAGAACUGGAAAAUUCCUUAACCCUGGUUUGUUGAUGUAAUGUAUAAAAUUGCUUUUUUGCUUUUAACUGCCUUUACUUUCUGAGCUAGGGGCUGUCUUCAUUAACAGCAAAAGUGUUACUUUGUUGUAGAUGACAGAUAAGCCUCAUCACGGGAGAGUUACCUAGUUCGUCUACAAGUUCAAAAUGUAGAGAAACCUCUCUACCGUGGGACCUUCCAUUGCUUUCAGUCCAUCAUAAAGCAAGAAUCUGCUUUUGGACUCUAUAAAGGUAUUGGGUCACCAAUGAUGGGACUUACCUUCAUUAACGCGCUUGUGUUCGGUGUACAAGGAAACACACUUCGUGCUCUUGGAAAAGACACUCCUCUAAACCAGUUCCUUGCAGGAUCAGCGGCAGGCGCUAUCCAGUGCAUCAUCUGCUGUCCAAUGGAGCUGGCAAAGACAAGAAUGCAGCUUCAAGGAACAGGUGAAUACAAACUAAAACCAAAAAACUACAAAAAUUCUCUGGACUGCUUGAUUAAAAUCUAUCGAAAGGAAGGGCUGAGGGGCAUCAACAGGGGCAUGGUCUCUACAUUCAUAAGAGAGACUCCAAGCUUUGGCUUUUACUUCCUGACUUAUGAUUGCAUGACCAGGUAUUUAGGCUGUGAAACUGAAGACAGUUAUGUUAUUCCCAAACUUUUGUUUUCUGGGGGGAUGUCGGGAAUAGUGUCCUGGCUCUCAACCUAUCCCAUGGAUGUGAUCAAAUCCCGGCUUCAGGCUGAUGGAGUUGGAGGCAUUACACAAUACAAUGGCAUUUUAGACUGCAUCAGAAAGAGUUACCAUGAAGAAGGCUGGAGGGUGUUCACAAGAGGUCUUACUUCCACACUUCUCCGUGCUUUUCCUGUAAAUGCAGCUACCUUUGCUACUGUUACUGUGUUCCUAAUGUAUAUGAGAUCAGAAGAUGACCUUCGUGAAUGUGAACCAGGUCCAGUAAUCCAGCAGCCUUCCAGUUUGUGAACCUUAUCUGUUUGUUCUCCUGAUCCAAUGCCUGGCUGAUGGGAUUUUCUUAAAUGUAAACACUUGACCCGCACAAGUGGUAUAAAUGUAUGCUUUCUGUAUAAAGAACUCCUAAAGGUGUCAAAUUAGGAUUUCAUCAUGUUACUUGUGUAAACAGCAUAUUGCCUUAUUAAGGACUUCAUAUCUAGUAGUAUCCAAGUAAGAUAGGGACCUGCCUUUAGAAAGUACUGUACUGUUACUCUUGUGGCUCCAGAAGAUGGUCUGGAGAAUGUCGUUGCACCAGAAAUCAGGUUUUCUGUUACUAGUGUUCUGAACGACUUGAGUUGAAUGAAGAAACGUUUUCAGAAAAGAAAUGCUCCUCUUGUAUCUAAGAGGCGUAAGUAUAGUCUGCUAAGGUGAAGUAAGGGAGAAGAAAUUAAGUGUUGGAGGCAUUUUACAGGUAACCCUGAACUGUUUUAAGACGUGAACUAGUAUUCAGCUAGCCAUGUGUUUUACUUUUCAUCUGCUUUUAUAUAUCAGUGUGUUUAGUAGCAACUUUUUUCAUACUGGUUUGGUCAAAAGGAAAAGUAUUAUUUGUUCCUAAGCUACUCCCUUGCCUUUCAGCUUUGAAUAAAUAUCUUAAGCACAAAGUAAAUAUUCAGGUUGGUGAUCACCUGAGGAACCUGAACAUAUAUAAGUCUAUGGGACCUGAUGAAAUGCAUCCCAGAGUCCUGGGGGAAUUGGCUGAUGUGAUUGCCAAGCCACUCUCCAUGGUAUUUGAAAAGUCAGGAGAAGUUCCUGGUGACUGGAAGAAGGGUGAUGUGCCCGUUUUUAAAAAGGCCAGAAAGGAUGACCCUGGAAACUACCAACCUGUCAGCGUCACCUCUGUGGAAGAUCAUGGAACAGAUCCUCCUAGAGUUUAUGCUGAAGCACAUAGAGUACAAGGAGGUGAUUAAUGGCAGUCAGCAGGGCUUCACCAGGGGCAAGCCCCGUCUGACCAACCUAGUGGCUUUCUAUGAUGGGGUAACACAGCAGUAGACACGGGUAAACCAGCGGAUGUGAUGUAUCUAGAGUUCUGUAAAGCCUUUGACACUGUCACUCACAACAUCCUUCUUUCUAAAUUGAAGAGAGAUGGAUUUGAUGGGUGGACAGUUCAGUGGAUAAGAAAUUGGUUGGAUGGUCGUAAUCAAAGAGUAGUGGUCAAUGGCUCAAAGUCCAGAUGGAGAUCUGUGACGAGAGGUGUCCCUCAGGGGUCUGUACUGGAACCUGUGCUGUUUAAUGUCUUCAUCAAUGACAUAGACAGUGAGAUUGAGUGCACCCUCAGCAAGUUUGUGGAUGACACCAAGCUGAGUGGUGUAGUUCCUACACCAGAAGGAUGGGAUGUCAUCCAGAGGGACCUGGACAGGCUGGAGAAGUGGGCCUCUGAGAUCCUCAUGAAGUUCAACAAGGCCAAGUGCAAGGUCUUAAACAUGGGUCAGGGCAAUCCCCGAUUUCAAUACAGGAUGGGGGAUGAUGUGCUUGAGAGCAGCCCUGCAGAGAAGGACUUGGAGGUGCUGGUUGAUGAGAAGCUUGACAUGAGCUGGCAAUGUGCGCUCACAGCCCGGAAGGGCAACUGUAUCCUGGGCCGCAUUGAAAGAAGCGUGGCCAGCAGGUUAAGGGAGGUAAUGCUGCACCUCUGUUCCUCUCUUUUGAGACCUCAUUUGGAGUGUUGUGUCCAGUUAUGGAGUCCUCAACAUAAGAAGGAUAUGGAGCUGUUUGAACGCAUCCAGAGGAGGGCUACAAAAAUGAUCAGAGGGCUGGAGCACCCUCCCAUAUGAGGACAGGCUGAGAGAGUCUGGUUUGUUCAGCCUGGAGAAGAGAAGGCUCAGAGGAGAUCUUAUAGUGACCUUCCACUACCUGAAAGGGGCCUACAAGAAAGCUGGAGAGAGACUUUUUGCAAAGGCUUGUAGUGAUAGGACUAGGGACAACGGGUAUAAACUGGAGAGGGGUGGAUUUAGGCUAGACAUAAGAAUUUCUUCACCAUGAGGGUGUUGAGGCACUGGCAGAGGUUGCUCAGGGACGUUGUGGAUGCCCCAUCCCUGGAGGUGUUCAAGGCCAGGUUGGAUGGGGCCUUGGGCAGCCUGAUCUACUGGGAUGUCCCUGCCCAUGGCAGGGGGUUGGAACUGGAUGAUCUUUAAGGUCCCUUCCAACCCAAACUACUAUAUGAUUUUAUGAUUCUGUCCACACUCAUACACACUUGUUCCUUUAAAUCUCAAGGCUUGUAAGGAUUUAGGGAACCUCAAUACUAGUAAGAUUGAUUGCUGUUUGCCUUCACCUCUAUUUCUUGUUUGGUGGGUGCACAGAUUGUACUGACUAGAUUCAGCCCAAGUAGACUUUGUUCUCUGAAGUUAAUGCAGUUUUGCACCACUUCUCCCAACAUACCCCAUAGCAGCCCUUGAUGUACAGAAGUCAAAGUCCUGCCUGUGGUAUUGCACAAAAUGUUUGUGGGUGCAAUGUUAGCUUAGCAGCUUGAAGUACUGUAGAAAAAUGUAUGUACGUGUUCAGAACUGGAGGUUUCAGACCAUUCCAGAACAUAGGGGUGUAUGUGUCUAAAAUGGUCGGUGGUCAAUACCUGUGCAUUAUGAAUUUAAACAAUAGUGAUUUUUAUGUAAUUGGUUACAGUGCCAUUGGAAAGACUACUGAAAAGGGGGUUGGAGUUUUCUUGUUACGUUAAUCCACUGUGCUUUUAUUUUUUUUCCUUUUAGCAGUCUGGUCAAGAGUGAUUGCUUUAGUCAAAGAGCUACAAAGUUAUUUAAGAUUUGGAAUAAGAAGUACACAUAUUUGUCACAAAUAGCCAGGUGGGAGGAGUGCAUGUGUGUGAGAAAUGUUCCAAAAUGUAUCAAACUAGUUCAGUAAGUACAACUUGUUACACUUUUGGUUGGGACAAGUGCAAUAUGUGUUUAAUUUAUAUGAAUUUUUCUAAAGAAACCUUAUUUUGUAGCAUUUUGCACUGUAACAAAAUAUGCUGGAGAAACCUGUAAAACUGGUAUGUUUUUUAUACCUUGGAGGUAUGUUGGAUGCUUUAGUGCCUACUUUGCACCAAGAUUCAAAUUGAAUGUUCAAUCUAUCUACUAAGCUGCAUAUGCACAACUCACAGCAAAGACCAUUUACACCUUUGUAUAGCAGUCUAAUUGUAUAUAAAAUUGAGGGAAUAAAUUUUUAAAAAAUUUUAA